AUGGCAGAGACCGUAGACUUCUUCGGCACGCCCAUCAGCCGCAUUGGCUAUGGCGCCAUGGGACUCAGUGCGUUCUACGGCAAGCCAAAAGAAGAGGAUCAUGCUGUCCGAGUCAUUCGAAAGGCUGUCGACAUUGGCUGCACAUUCAUCGACACUGCGGCUGUAUACGGCUGGGGUCACAACGAGCGCUUGCUCGCCGCUGCUCUGAACGACAGCGGUUUGCGUAAGAAAGUCUUCCUCGCGACCAAAUUUGUCUUCAUCAAUAGCAAUGGCCAAGUAGGAGGCGUGGACGCUUCUCGAGAUGCUGUUCGUGCGACGGUCGACAAGUCAAUUGCAGACCUCGGCGGUGUUGCUCCGGACUUGCUUUAUGAGCACCGAAGAGACGACAAGGUACCGGUCGAAGACCUCAUGGCCACUUUUGCAGAAUUGCAAAAGGAGGGCAAGACAAAGUACAUCGGCCUGUCCGAAUGCUCAGCCGAAACGCUUCGUAAGGCGUGCAAAGUAGCGCAAGUACACGCUCUGCAAGUCGAAUACUCGCUCUGGUCAACUCAGAUCGAACGCAAUGGCUUGCUGCAAGCUGCCCGAGACAACGGCGUCAAAAUCAUCGCCUACAGCCCGAUCGGUCGUGGCUUCUUGAGCGGCAAGUACAAGGAUGGCGAUGACUUUGAGGAUGGAGACUUCAGAAAAGCCAAUCCAAGAUUCGUAGGAGAGGCAGCCAAGCAGAAUCUCAAGUUGGUCGAAGAAGUUAGAAAAGUCGCGGACAGGCUCAAAGCAACGCCUGCCCAAGUCGCACUUGCUUGGCUUCUUGCUCAAGGGGACGACAUUAUACCUAUUCCCGGUACGACGUCAGAAGAACGUCUCAUUGAGAACUUUGAUGCUCGCAAGCUCAAGCUGUCUGAGACUGAUCUCGCGGAGAUCCGCGAUAUUCUCAAAAACUAUCCCGUCUCUGGCGAGCGAUACUCAGGAGCCAUGGCUCAAAUGGUUGAAAAGUGA